AGCCCAGGCACCUUUCCCUGCUCUCUCCUCUCCAGAACCUGGACCCAGAGGACCGCUCAGCAUGAGGCUGCUCUCCCAGACACUGUGCCUGUGCCUGGCUCUGGCUCUGAGCCAGGCCGCUCCAUCACACCAUACUGAAAAGAUGGCAGGUGAUGAGGCUCCCAAACAUGACCAUAAAGAACACCAUGGUGCUGUUCAUGAACGGUGUGAGGGGAUUGAGUUUGAUGCCAUUGCUGCCAGCGAGAAGGGCGUCCCAUUCUUCUUCAAGGGUGAUCAUCUCUGGAAGGGCUUCCACGGACCUGCUGAGCUGUCAAAUGGUUCUUUCAAGGAGCUGGAUGAUCACCACCACCUGGGGCAUGUGGAUGCUGCUUUCCGCAUGCACUACGAAGACGACCUCAAGCACCACGACCACAUCUUCUUCUUCCUGGAUGACCACGUCUUCAGCUACUACAACCACACCCUGGAGGAGGGCUUCCCAAAGAAGAUCCAGGAAGUGUUCCCAGGCAUCCCAGACCACCUGGACGCUGCUGUGGAGUGCCCCAAGGGAGAGUGUGAUGUUGACUCUGUCCUCUUCUUCAAGGGAGAUGAUGUGUUCCACUUUGAAGUUGCAAGCAAAAAAGUAGAGGAGAGGGAGUGGGCCCACCUGCCCAACUGCACAUCAGCUUUCCGGUGGCUGGAGCAUUACUACUGUUUCCAUGGACACAAAUUCACCAAAUUCCACCCUGUCACCGGACUCGUGACUGGAAAGUACCCGAAGGAUGCGCGCGAUUUCUUCAUGAGGUGCUCCAAGUUUGGUGAGGACAGCGACCACGUGGAGAGGGAGCAGUGUAGCCGAGUGCAUCUGGAUGCCAUCACUUCAGACGAUAGCGGCACCAUCUACGCUUUCAGAGGUCACCACUACCUGCACCAGGAAAAAGCAACUGAUGCUUGGAAGGGCUUCACUAUUGAGAGCAGCUUUAAAGAGCUGCACAGUGAGGUGGAUGCCGUCUUCUCCCACAAAGGUCACCUCUACAUGAUCAAGGAUGACCAAGUGUUUAACUACAAAGAGGGGGAGCCCCACACCCUGGUCGACGGGUACCCCAAAUCUGUGAAGGAGGUGCUGGGGAUCGAUGGCCAUGUGGACGCUGCCUUCGUGUGUGGAGAUCACCACACUGUGCAUGUCAUUCAAGGACAUAAAAUGUUUGACCUUGACCUGUCCAAAACCCCCGCUGAAGUGUUACAGACAGUUGAGCUGCCUUUCAAAAAUGUGGAUGCGGGCAUGUGCGGCCCUUCCGGGCUCAAGAUCCUGCGGGGAUCCCAUUUCUACCACUAUGACUCCCCCAUGAUCAUGUCUGCCAGCAAGGCGAUGCCCGAGGCACACAAGAUCUCCCUGGACCUGCUUGGCUGCGACCAUUAGGGCGGCGAUCUCUCAGUGACGAGAGCAGACAAAUCACAACAGCAGGAGGAGGAGCAACGUGUAUCCAGUGCAAACACACAGACACACACUGCGAAAACAGUACUACACAGCAGCAGUUUUUAAUUUUCUCUCAAGCGAACAUUCCUACCUCCAGCUCUAGGUUCUGCUUUCACAAGACCCCCCCCCCCUUCCCCACAACCCCUGCAAGAGCCAAUUAUGUUAUGUAAAGCCUUGCAGUUACUACUGUGAUGUGAUCUGCCUCAGCUUGGUGCAUCCCUCAGAGAGGAAGCAUUAUCAGAGAGAUAUAAAGGGUUACUGAGGGUGUUUCUUAAGAAGAGAACUGCAAAGAAGUGACCUAACAGAGUUAUUCAGAAAUAAAGAUGAGCCUUUAAGACAAAUCUGGA